AUGAUAGAACGCCUCACUGUUGCAAUAGCGGCCACCCCUCCCAUGACUCUCAUGCUCUCCCAAAGUGCCCUCUUCAUAACCCUCUGGCUAACCGUCCGCCGCCACGUCUCCCUCCAUGGCCCCAUCCCCGGCGCCCGCACCCUCACCACAAUCAAUAGCUGGUUCUACCACGCCUCCAAGUUUUACGAAUAUGUCGACAUUCUCAACGUCCUCGCGUCUGGCGGAGAAAUCGACCUUCACUUCGGCGUCCACCAUCUCACAACUAUGUACAUGACCUACGCCCGCGUGCUGCACCACAGUGAGGGAUGGUGCGUCUUCGCGGCGCUGAAUACCGCACACCAUGUGCUCAUCUGCUAG